AUGAAAAAUCGGGCAGUAAGCUUAGCAAUGACUGGAACGAGAGUUGGACAAGUUCUUCUACCUCAGGUAAUAAAACUUCUAAUGCCAUUAUAUGGAUCGAAAGGAACACUCUUGAUAUUUGCUGGACUCGCAUUGAAUGGAGUGUUCGGAGCACUUCUCUUCCAUCCAAUUCACAGACACGCUACAAAAUUCAAUACAGCAUUUGAAUGGUGCUUGAUAAAAGAUUUGAGAUUCUAUAUUUUAAACAUUGGACUAUCAAGUGGAGAUGAUAUUAUUGUAAUGGACGCAUCAAUGGUACUUUCAUUGCUUCUACAGAAGAAAUCAAAACUGACAACCACACAAACUGCACUAUGUUUAUCACUACUUGCAAUAUCAAAUAUCGUCUCACGUUUGACAUUUCAUUUUAUAUCGGAUCUUUUAAAACUUUCAUGUCGAAUGACUUUUAGUGACAUUAGAAUUAAUUGGAGUCUCAACAACAUAUGUUAUUGA